AUGGCGGCGCCCGUGCUCCGCACGGAGGAGCGAGGAGCAGGGCAAGAUGGCGGCGUACGGAGAGGCGGGAUUACGGCAAGAUGGCGGCGGGGCGGGCGGAGGCGGGGCGGGGCGGGCCGCGGUGGUGGUGACGGAGGGGCCGGGAAGCGGCGCGGUGUGAUGGAGGACGGCGAGCGGCUCCUCCCCAAGGGCUUCCCCAAGCUGAAGAAUGACACGUUCCUGCGAGCAGCCCGGGGGGAGGAGACAGAGCACACCCCAGUGUGGUGCAUGCGGCAGGCCGGGCGCUACCUGCCUGAGUUUCGGGAGACCCGGGCGGCGCAGGAUUUCUUUGCCACUUGUCGGAGCCCCAAAUUGUGCUGCGAGCUGACUCUGCAGCCGCUCAGACGAUUCCCCCUGGAUGCUGCCAUCAUCUUCUCUGACAUCUUGGUGGUGCCCCAGGCACUAGGCAUGGAGGUUGUCAUGGUCCCUGGCAAAGGACCCACAUUCACAGAGCCCCUGAAGGAGGUGGAGGAUCUGCUGAAACUACGCCAGAAGGUGGAUGUGACUGCUGAGCUGGGUUACGUCUUCCAGGCCAUCACGCUGACACGACACAGCCUGGAGGGCAGGGUACCCCUCAUUGGCUUCUCUGGGGCACCUUGGACGCUCAUGUCCUACAUGAUUGAAGGUGGUGGCUCCACUACAAUGGCCAAGGCCAAGAGCUGGCUCUACCGUCACCCUGAGGCAAGCCACCGACUGCUGCGCCUGCUGGCCGAUGUCGUCACUGACUACCUGGUGGGACAGGUGGCUGCUGGAGCGCAGGCGCUCCAGCUGUUUGAGUCCCACGCGGGGCACCUGGGCCCGGAGCAGUUCCAGGACUUCGCACUGCCUUACAUCCGAGACAUCGCCCGAGCUGUCAAGAGCAAGCUGAAGGAAGAGGCAUUGCCUCUGGUGCCCAUGAUCAUCUUUGCAAAGGAUGCGCACUAUGCACUGCACGACCUGGCCCAUGCUGGUUACGAGGUGGUUGGUCUGGACUGGACCAUCCAGCCCCAGGAAGCUCGAAGACAGACAGGGAAAGAUGUCACCCUGCAAGGGAACCUGGAUCCCUGCGCUCUCUAUGCACCCAAGGAGAAGAUUGGGGAACUAGUGAAGAAGAUGCUGGAGGGUUUUGGGACCCAACGCUACAUUGCUAACCUGGGCCACGGACUCUACCCUGACAUGAACCCUGAGCAUGUGGGCGCCUUCGUGGAGGCUGUGCACGCACAUUCCCGCCACAUCAACAAGCACAGCUGAGCCUGGGGGCUUGGGGACAGGACUCUGGUUUGGGCACAGUCACCCCAAGUAGCGUGUUGUCACAGGGCUCACUCCAGGCUGGGCAGAUGCAUUAAACCAGCACCUUCUCCGCGGCA